AAGGUCAUUGUUGUGGGGGCAGGACCCGCCGGCCUGGCUGCUGCUCUCCACCUGAAGAGGUGUGGCGUAGAGACAGUGGUGUUGGAGGCGCGAGACAGAGUGGGCGGACGGGUGCACAGCUACAGCGACGGCGGUUUCAGCGCGCCGGUUGAUCUGGGAGCAUCCAUCAUCACAGGCACCGCCACUGUGGUCGCCAGGGGAACGCGACCCGACCCUUCCACUCUUAUCCGGCAGCAUCUGCUGCCAAUCUACGACGGGCUGACUGGGCAGAGAGUGCCAGAUGCACUUGACAGCCUGGUUGACCGGGUGCGUGAUACUCUGCUGGACGACGCGCGCGAAAGGGUCGACUCUCUGGGCGAGGCUGCCACCGAGGCCGAGUCUCUCGGCGCGGCCCUGGAACGCGCAUUUGCAAACCGCUUUUCCGCCGCGGCCGCCGCUGACCCCGACAUGGCGAACGCCGGAGCCCCGGCAGAGAGUGCAGCAGCGCCUCUGCCAGCCAGCCUGGAUGAGGCGCAGCAGCGACUGCUGAACUGGCACUGGUCAAAUCUGGAGUAUGGCUGCAGCGCCUCACUGGAUCAGGUGUCUUUGGUGCACUGGAACCAGGACGAGGAGUAUGGCGGCUUUGGGGGGCAGCACUGCAUGGUCAUUGGGGGCUAUGACCCCAUUCUGAAGGCUCUGGCAGAGCGGCUGGAUGUCCGCCUGUCAUCCCCUGUCUCAUCCGUCUCUGACACGUCCGAUGGCGUCACAGUGACUACCGCCUCAGCAGGGGAGGUGUUUAAGGGUGCAGCGGUCAUCGUUACAGUGCCUCUCGGCUGCCUGAAAGCUGGUGACGUCACCUUUGACCCGUCCCUGCCACCUUGGAAGGCCGAGGCUGUGACCAAGCUUGGCUUUGGUGACCUCAACAAGGUGUUUCUGGAGUUCCCCCAUGCUUUCUGGGAGAACUCCACCGAUUUCUUUGGCGCUGCCGUGCCGGGGGGCCCUAGCGGCCGCGGCCGCUGCUUCAUGUUCUGGAACCUGCAGCCCAUGAUUGGCAAGCCCAUCCUGGUGGCCCUCGUGUCCGGCAAGGCAGCCUAUGAGUCCGAGGAAAUGUCGGACGAAGAGAUGGCGGCUGCAGCUAUGGAGGUUCUGGGGAGGCUGUAUGGCGAGAAAAUUCCUGUGCCUGUGUGUUCCCUGGCCACCAAGUGGGGCAGCGACAUAUAUGCAAGGGGCUCCUACUCGUACGUUGCUGUCGGCUCGAGCGCCAAGACAUACGAUGCGCUGGCGGCGCCCGUGCGGCGGCGGCUGCUGUGGGCAGGGGAGCACACCUGCAAGGAGCACCCGGACACUGUCGGAGGGGCCAUGCUUACCGGCAUGCGCGAGGUGGGCCACCCUUCCUUUGACUAUUGUCUCUUAGCAUCAUGGAAGCAUGCAUCCGUGGCAUGCUUGGGGAUCCCUUCAAUGAUUAUUAUGAGCCUCUGGUACUGCUCCUGCAGAUUGUCAAUGGCCUGUCGUCAUAAUUGGCGCCCUCCCUAUUGCACUGGGAAGCUUGCAAAAUGUCGCCUGCAAUGA